AUGGCUGGACUACCGGAUAACCCUGAUGACUGGUUUCGACUUGAGGAUCCUGAUGAGCCAUUUGGAGUUCCUUUGCAUCCACAUCCACUACACUUAGCGGGGGAUCCGUACUUUCCCCAUGACGAGGAUGAGGGAGACCUCUCCGAAGAGGAACCUACUCCCCUUACCCCACCAGACUCACCACCGAGACCCCCAUUACCAGCCGUACCUUCUGCGCGGCAAGGGCCCUUGUAUGAUGAGUACCCCAGGAACUACUAUGUGUCUCCUAUUUACCACUUGGACCCAGCUGCUCAGGUUUCCCGACCCACUAGUGGUCUAUUAGGGAAACGUAAUCGAUCCAGUGAGCCAUCUUGGCUUACAGACCUCCUUAGCAGGAGGGAUGCUACUGAUCUACCACCACGGUUUGAGGUUGGUAAAUCUUCACGAGCACCACUCAGGUUUAAUCCUGAGGAUGAUCCGAUACCUCGCUUGAUGACUCAGAUUGAUCAGACCGAGGAUAGGAUUAGAUCCUUGGAGCAGUUUGUGAAAGGUCCAGGCUCUACUUCCCUCGACCAUCGAGUUGAGACACUCGAGGAAGAGGAGAAGGAGAAUUCUGAUGCGAUCCAGAUAUUAUAUCAUCUCUCGGGUGCUGAUCAUGAUGCAGUGAAUGCCUUGAGUGCUCAGGUAAGAGCACAGAACUACCGGAUUCAGAUCAUGGAGAGCGAGCUUGCUGCGCAGCGAAAUCAGUUGGUUAUCUCUGCGCAGGAACGACGCUACAUCUUGGACCAGUUCGAGGACUUUGUCCUCUAUGUGAUGACUCGAUUUGGGAGGUAG